UGAAAGGGCUCAACGGUGACCACGCGACUUAACUCGCGCGGUGACGAGAAAUGGCCAAACAUCAUCCGGACCUGAUCUUCUGCCGCAAGCAGGCUGGAGUGGCUAUUGGAAGACUGUGUGAAAAAUGUGAUGGUAAAUGCGUGAUCUGUGACUCAUAUGUGCGACCCUGCACACUUGUGCGCAUAUGUGACGAGUGUAACUAUGGGUCAUACCAAGGGCGCUGUGUGAUCUGCGGAGGUCCAGGAGUCUCUGAUGCCUAUUACUGCAAGGAGUGCACUAUCCAGGAGAAGGAUAGGGAUGGCUGCCCUAAGAUAGUCAAUCUGGGCAGUUCCAAGACAGAUCUCUUUUACGAGCGCAAGAAGUACGGCUUCAAGAAGAGGUGAUCGGCCCUUGGUGCUGCUGUACCUGCUGCAGGGUUGGGGAAAGGGUCUUAAAGCAUCUCUGGACUUCACUGUUAUUGAGAACCAAUUAAUCUUCUCUAAAAUGUUACAAAUUAAACUAUGUGUGAGGGGUGGAGGAAGAAACAAAAUCAACUGGGGAUUGGAACCUGAUAAUAGCUGAGAACUGCAGAUGGCAAAAGCAGGCUACUGACUCUUGCCAUCUCUCAAGCGUGGCUAGUGUCUGCCAUACGGCUCUGCAAAAUGCCUGGUGGGCAAGUACUUACAUUCUAAGGGGAUCUGCUCUCCUUAUCAAGGUGUAGCACUGUUUUUACAUGUCUUGCCCCCUUUUGGAAUUGGGGAGUCACCUGCAGUUCUCCUUUCCAUGCUCUCCCUCUCAGUUGAUAAGAAGUCUUCUCCCCUGGCCACACCCCCAAAGUCUGAGGAAUGAGUUCAGAUUGCCGACCCACCGAAAAUCUCUAUGUAUUGUUAUACAGGGAGGCUAGCAUGCUCAUGACUGAUGCCCUUUUCAUAUGAGCACAACAAUUACAUGUCCCUAUGAUUUCUUCAACCAAUUAACCGAAGGCCCUUUCUGUAACUACCUCUGCAAAAUGUAAACCAAUAAAGUUUUUUUUUUCUUCUUUUUCUAA